AUGGUUCACAACGCUUAUGAUUCGUUUCAGCUUCUCAAGGAUUGUCCUGCUCGGAUCGAUGCUGUUGAAUCUUACGGCUCUAAGCUCUUUGCCGGAUGCUAUGACGGUUCUCUCCGCAUAUACUCACCGGAAUCUUCUUCAUCUUCCUCGGAGUUGCAUCAAGAGUCUUACGUGCUAGAGACGACCGUGGCUGGAUUCUCUAAGAAACCUAUCGUGGCUAUGGAGGUUUUGGGUUCGAGAGAGUUGCUUUUGUCUCUCUCGGAAUCAAUCGCGUUUCAUGGGCUUCCUAAUUUGGAGACUGUAGCUGUGAUUACUAAAGCUAAAGGCGCAAAUGCUUACUCUUGGGAUGAUCGUCGUGGGUUCUUGUGUUUCUCUAGGCAAAAGAGAGUCUGUGUGUUCAAGCACGAAGGAGGAGGAGGGUUUGUAGAAGUGAGAGAUUAUGGAGUUCCUGAUACCGUCAAGUCGAUUUCUUGGUGUGGAGAAAACAUUUGUUUAGGGAUUAGAAAAGAGUAUGUGAUACUUAACACUGCUAAUGGGACACUCUCUGAGGUGUUUCCUUCUGGUAGGGUUGCUCCUCCUUUGGUGAUAUCUUUACCUUCUGGUGAACUUCUUUUGGGGAAGGAGAACAUUGGAGUUUUUGUUGAUCAAAAUGGAAAGUUACUUCAGACAGAGAGAAUUUGUUGGUCAGAGGCCCCAACGGCUAUUGUCAUUCAAAAUCCAUAUGCAAUAGCCUUGUUGCCUCGACGAGUUGAGGUUCGCUUGCUCCGAAGCCCAUAUCCUUUAAUACAGACGGUUGUUCUCCAAAAUAUUCGUCACCUUGUCAAGAGCAACAAUGCUGUGAUUGUUGGUUUGGAUAACUCUGUUCAUGUUCUCUUCCCUGUUUCUAUCGGUGCCCAGAUUGUGCAGUUAACAGCUUCUGGAAACUUUGAGGAAGCCUUAGCUCUAUGCAAAUUACUUCCCUCUGAAGAGUCAAGCCUACGAGCUGCGAAAGAGAGUUCGAUUCAUACUAGAUAUGCUCAUUAUCUUUUUGAGAAUGGGAGCUAUGAAGAAGCCAUGGAACACUUCCUGGCAUCUCAAGUAGAUAUCACGCAUGUGCUUUCCAUGUAUCCAUCCAUUAUUCUUCCUAAAACUACAAUUAUCCCUCCACCAGAGAAGAUGGUGGACAUUUCUGGGGAUGAAGCAUCUCUGUCGAGAGGUUCAUCCGGCAUUUCAGAUGAUAUGGAGUCUUCAUCUCCUCGAUAUUAUUUGGAAUCCGAGGACAAUGCAGCCCUUGAAACUAAGAAAAUGAGUCACAACACUCUGAUGGCUCUUAUAAAGUACUUGCAGAAGAGGAGGCCAGGUAUUAUCGAGAAGGCUACUUCUGAAGGAACAGAAGAGGUCAUUUCGGAUGCUGUUGGCAAAACUUAUGGAGCAUAUGACUCUUCCAAGUCUAAGAAAUCCAACAAGGGACGUGGUACGAUCUCGCUUAAUUCAGGUGCCAGGGAGAUGGCAGCAAUCCUUGAUACUGUUCUUCUUCAAGCACUUCUACAUACUGGACAGUCUGGAGCUGCUAUAGAAUUAUUAAAGGGUGUCAACUACUGUGACGUAAAGAUUUGUGAGGAGAUUCUCAUGAAAAGUAAAAAUUAUUCUGCACUAUUGGAAUUGUUCAAGAGCAAUUCAAUGCACCAUGAAGCCCUUAAGCUUUUAAAUCAGCUAGCGGAACAGUCCAAAUCAAACCAGUCACAAACUGAUGCUACACAGAUAUUUAGUCCUGAGUUGAUCAUUGAAUAUCUCAAGCCUCUCUGCAGGAUUGAUCAUAUGCUUGUCUUGGAGUACUCAAUGCCUGUCCUGGAAAGCUGUCCAACACAAACCAUCGAGUUGUUUUUGUCUGAAGAUAUCUCAGCCGACCUUGUCAAUUCGUAUCUGAAGAAGCAUGCUCCAAAUAUGCAGGGUAGAUAUCUAGAACUUAUGAUGGCAAUGAAUGAAACCGCAGUUUCUGGAAAUCUCCAAAACGAGAUGGUACAAAUCUACCUCUCAGAAGUGCUUGACUUGCAUGCUGCGAAAAGUGCACAGCAGGAAUGGGAUGAGAAGGAUCAUCCUCCUGAAAGGAAAAAACUAUUGUCUGCGUUAGAGAACAUCUCUGGAUAUAGUCCACAGACUUUGCUGAAGCGUCUUCCACGUGAUUCUCUCUAUGAAGAGCGUGCAGUUUUAUUGGGGAAAAUGAAUCAACAUGAACUUGCUUUGUCGAUCUACGUUCAUAAGCUUCAUGCACCUGAUCUGGCACUGGCUUACUGUGAUCGUAUAUAUGAGUCUGUUUCUUAUCUACCAUCUGGAAAACCGUCAAGCAAUAUCUACCUCACACUACUGCAAAUAUAUCUGAAUCCUCAGAAAAGUGCGAAGGACUUUGCAAAACGGAUUGUAGCUCUAGGAUCAUUCGAAAGUUCAGACACUAAGAAGAUGAUGGAGUCUGUUUUGUCUCAAAAAAUUAAAGGAGGUCGAUCCAAGAAAAUUGUUGCGAUAGAAGAAGGUGCUGAGGAUAUGCGAGCUGGUCUCAGUAGCAGCACUGACAGUGGAAGAAGCGACGCUGAUACUGAAGAACCCAUGGAAGAAGGGAACUCCACCGUUAUGAUUUCUGAAGUUCUUGAUCUGUUGAGCCAAAGGUGGGAGAGGAUCAACGGUGCACAAGCCCUCAAGCUUUUACCUAGAGAAACUAAACUUCAGAACCUGCUUCCAUUUCUUGCACCACUUCUAAGAAAUUCAAGUGAAGCACACAGGAACUAUUCAGUCAUCAAGAGUUUGAGGCAGAGUGAAAGCUUACAGGUGAAAGAGGAACUGUACAAACAUAGGAAAGGAGUGGCACAAGUAACAAGCGAGAGCAUGUGUUCGUUGUGCAACAAGAAGAUUGGGACAAGCGUCUUUGCUGUUUAUCCCAACGGGAAAACGUUAGUUCACUUUGUCUGCUUCAGAGAUUCUCAAGGCAUGAAAGCUGUUUCCAAGACAUCACAUGGAAGAAGACGAUGA